GCCGCUAAUUGAGCACACGUUCGUCUUCCUCCUUCCGUCCCCCGGCGUCCUUAUCCCCACACAAGCGCCGCUUACCGCCGGGACAGGACUGUUGGAAGUCCCCAGACGGCAGCGAUGGCGGAACUAUCGACAUCUUCGGAUGGAUUGGUGGACGAAGAAGCGAGGCAGCAGGAACCAGGUUCAAUUUGGCAAGGGAUGCUCCUGUAGUCCUGUUCUCUUUGGCUUUUAUAUGCUAAUUGCUUGUGCUGCUAACCGUUAGGGUUUCAUCGCCUUGCCUGUUCGAAGGGUUAGGGGUUCCUACUGUCCAAAUUCACCUGAUCCAACCUCGUCCGUUCAUACCGUUUCCUGAUACGUACUACACCACAUCCCGGAGAUGUGUUCACUUUCAAUUUUGAAGGCCUGUACUGUACUGUACCCUAGUUACUAAACCUUGGGUUUCCCUCGUCUCUCGCUUCAUUUAGGAUACGUACGACGCUUAAGUCAUUCAGAUCGGCUAACCUAUCCGGUGGAAUGAGUACUGUCUGCGAAUCUACAUCAUGCCUUUGUGAAUUUUCCUUCAACUUUAGUAGUAUUAUUAAAUUAUACCCGUUUUGAGCCCAUACGCUUAAAAGAGGGGAAACAGUAAUAUUAUAGCUUUAACGAACACACGAUUGGAGUGUCAAGCAUGGAUCAUAUUUCCUCUGUUCCUGUUUAUAUAGUACCAUCCGUGAUGCCGUUAUAGUAUUUAUGGAAGUCAAACUUUUUUUGCUGGACUGCAUACAGGACAAGGAAGCGCUGAAGGUAGCCAUGGUCUGCAAGACACAAAGGAGCAGGACAUAAAAAAGGGAAAGGCGGCUCUUGUUUCCACUGAACUGCUGAGGGAGGAUCUGGUUCAGAGUGCUGUUAGUUUUCUGAAACACCCGAAAGUAGUAGCCUCUUCAGAUGGACAGAGGCGAUCUUUCCUUGUAAAUAAAGGACUCACCAUGGAUGAAAUAGAUGAAGCAUUUCGACGUCUACAAAGCCCGUCAUCGAAUUCUGCGAGCUCAAAUAUGUGCACAUCUCAAGAGAGGGUGGAACCUGAAGCUGGACCUGUGGCCCCUGUGGUACCUCGUCAUCCAAAAUCAUAUAUGGAGAUCAUGGAAAUGAUACAAAGGGGUGAGCGGCCAGACGAUAUACAGGAUAUUAACGAUGACCCUCCAAAUCCUGAUCAACCAAUCUCAGAACCUCGUAUGGCACCGAAACCAAAGCCAUGGGAAAAGCAAGGUCAAGGGAGUUUGGCCUGUGAUUUGAAAUCGCUGCCAAGGGAAUCCGACGUGCUGAGGUCAGAAGUUCAGCACGACGACGGCACCAACCAGGUUACGGAGUCCGCCGAUGGCGCCAACCAAGCGGACUCAUUGCUGCAGGCAGGCGUAGCUGCUGGAUCUGAAUCUCCUGGGGUUCCAGAUGACGCCGCUUCUUCGCUUGAGUAACCACCGCGAAAAUAAAUGAAUGACGCCGUAAUCAGACGCGAAAACAAACGACCUCAUUACCACAACACUGUUCUGAUAUUUUUGGGUCCUGAGAGAGCCACUUGAGUUCACAAUAAAUGUAGUACCCAUC